AUGAAAGUGAAAUGCCCUUUUAGACUGAGAUCUGCAUCGAGUGGUAGUAGUUGGAAGAUAAUGGUUAGGUAUGGGUUUCAGAAUCAUAAACUAUUUAAAGAUUUAGAUGGUCAUGACAUAUUGGACCAUCUAAAAGUUCAUGAGAGACAGUUUGUGAAUGACAUGACGAAGUACAAUAUGACUCUACAGUACAUAGCUUCUGCUUUGAAAGACAAAGAUCCAGAAAACCUCACCAGUGUUACCCAAGUGUAUAAAUCUAGAGCUACAUACAAUACGAGCAAGCAAGAUUCAUUGACGGAAAUGCAAAUGUUGUUGACUCUUAUUCAUAAAGAAAAAUAUAUGUGUUGGACAAGAAAUAGGAAAGACUCAAAUGUUAUUGUUGAUAUCUUCUAUACACAUCCUGAUUUAGUUAAGUUAUUGAAUAUGUUUCACUUGGUGUUGAUUUUUUAUUAUACAUACAAGAUAAAUAGGUAUCGGCUACCAAUGCUUGAAAUUGUUGGUGUUAUGUCAACAAAAUUAAUAUUUUCGAUAGGUUUUGCCUAUUUGGAGCAUGAAAGGGAGGAGAACUUCAAAUGGACACUAGAAAAUCUCAAAGAGUUGUUCUUUUCCGGGACAACACAUGGGUUACCUUGUGCAUGUCAACUUAAAUUAUACAUUGAAGAGCAUGAUGUUCAUCCUGAAGAUAGUGGUACAAAGUUGAAUUUAGAAGUAGAGUGUGAAGAGUUGAAGACAUAUUUCAAUUAUUUGGAUAUUGUAGGCCAGAGGGUGUUGAAGAAAAAGGCUAUUGUAGCUUUACUUGGAUGGAGCGAAGAGUCAUGGUCGUUGGUUUGGACGCAGUUAGACACUCAAGGUCGAGAAAAAUGGAUGAAGAUUUCUGAUAUGGGUUACUUUAUUGCUUGUAGGUACAAUGUCGUAUUUGUCUCCCUGUCAAAGAGGCUUAAUAUUACUGUUUUCCCUCUUACCUUAACUUCACCUAUGUAUACGAGCAGACAUAAAAUCAUUGAUGUUGGUUUUGUCAAUGACAAUCAUUGGGUUCAAGUAAAGUUGAAACCUGAUAGUCCAUUGCUUCCUGUCACUGACCUUUGGAGACAUACAUGUACUGAAGAUGCAAAAGCAUGGGAAUCAACAUAUGUAGGACAUAUUAGGCACUCAGAAGAUGAAGUUAGGAAGUCAUCCUAA